AUUUAAAUAAACCGUCCAAACACCUCCUUGACACUUUUUAACAGUCUUUUUUACUUCAAAGAAAGUCUAAACUGACACCUGAAAGCUGAAACUCUCAUCCCUCUCUCUCUCUCUCAAAUUAGCCAAAUGAUGCUCGCCGGAAUAGACCACCAGCACCACCACUCCGGCCACUGCAGACUCUCGUUCUCUUAAAUGACGAAACUUCCCUUUUCCUCUGUCAUCACCCUUUCUUUAACUGCUCUCACAUUCCUCAGUCUCUUUCCAUUCAAAGCCCAUCCUUUAGGUUCCGGCUCGACAAUCGCCGUCACCUCCACCGCCGUGUGCGGCAUCGUGGCGGCGAGGACUAACCAGUAUAUAAUUUGUUAUGAGGAUGGUAACAUAAUAUACGUUGAACCCACAAUCUCUUUCUCCGCCAUCUCCGGCGGCCAGAAUUUCUUUUGCGGCCUCCGGUCCGGUGGCUAUGCUUUCUUGUGUUGGGAUACAUCAAAUUCAAAUCUCUCUUUAGGUUACAAUAACCCAAAAAGAGUUUACUAUAAUACUACUGUUUUAUUACAGAAUAUUGCUGUUGGUGGAAAUCAAGUUUGUGGGUUGUUAAACAACACUGUUUCUAGUGUUGAUGGUGCUGGUAGUGUUCAAUGUUGGAGAGGAAAUGGAAGUUCUAGUAACGGAUCACCGGCGGAUAGUGAUAAGUUUCAGUCAAUCUCAUCCGGAUUUGGUUUCAAUUGUGGAAUUUUGAUGAAUAAUAGUAGAAUUAUGUGUUGGGGUAGCAAUCCAAUUGGAAAAGAUAUUGAAUCUGAAUUUGGGAAUAUGUCAAUGAUGAGUAUUGUAGCUGGUGGUUCACAUGUUUGUGGUGUGAAUUCAACUGGGGCUUUAGUUUGUAAAGGGGACAAUACUUCUGGUCAAUUAGAUGUUCCUUUAAAUUCUACUGCAUUUGAGUAUUCACAAUUGGCUCUUGGGGUUAAUCAUAGUUGUGCACUUAGAUAUGAGGGAUCAGUUGUUUGUUGGGGUGGAAGUGGUGAGUAUUCUGUAAAUGGAACUAAAGAUCUUCAUUUUGAGUCUAUUGUUUCAGGUUCUAAUUUUACUUGUGGAUUGACUACUAGUAAUUUAUCAAUAAUGUGUUGGGGACCUGGUUGGUCUAAUGUUGAUAAUUCUGGUAUUCAGAUUCUUCCAUUGCCUGAUCGAAUUCUUCCUGGACCUUGUGUGCAAUCUUCUUGUGAAGGUACAAGAAUGUAUCCUGAUUCUGAUGGGUUGUGUUCUGGUUCAGGGAAUGUCUGCUAUCCUCCGGGAUUAAAUAUUUCUAUGCUCUUCCCACCGUCGCCACCACAACCACCAUUUUUGCCAUUCCCGCCUUCGCCAUCAGUAUUGCCUUCUCCAUCAUCUCCAUCGAAGGAAUUGACAACUGGGUUAUUGGUGUUUUGCAUUAUUGGAUCAGUAGGAGGUUUUGCUGGUAUUUGCACAAUUAUUUAUUGCUUGUGGACUGGUGUUUGUUUUGGGAAAAAGAAAGUGCAUAAUUCCGUUCAACCCACAAUAACUAGAGGUGGUUCCAACGGUGGUACAACAUCGAAUAACAGUGGUAUUCUUUCGAGAUCAUCGACCAUUAUGCGCCAGAGCUCGAGGGCAAUGAGACGCCAGAGGAGUGGAACCUCAUCGAAGCAUGCAGACAAAGCUGAGGAAUUUAGUCUAGGUGAGCUAGCUGCUGCUACGAAUGAUUUCUCACUAGAUAACAAGAUUGGUGCAGGGAGCUUUGGUGUUGUAUAUAGAGGCAAAUUAGCUGAUGGUCGCGAAGUGGCUAUUAAGAGAGGUGAAACAGGGCAGAAGACGAAGAAAUUUCAAGAGAAAGAGAGUGCAUUUGAAUCUGAAUUGUCAUUCUUGUCAAGGGUUCACCACAAGCAUCUGGUAAGGCUUGUUGGUUACUGCGAAGAUGGGGAUGAGAGGCUUUUAGUUUACGAGUACAUGAAGAAUGGCGCUCUAUAUGAUCAUUUACAUGACAAGAACAACAUUAAAAAGAAUAGUAGUGUCAUCAAUUCAUGGAAAAUGAGGAUCAAGAUUGCAUUAGAUGCUGCUAGAGGAAUCGAAUAUCUUCACAAUUACGCAGUCCCAUCAAUAAUCCACAGAGAUAUCAAGUCUUCUAACAUCUUGCUCGACGCAAAUUGGAUAGCAAGAGUUUCUGAUUUUGGAUUAUCGUUGAUGGGGCCUGAAUCUGAUAGAGAUUACAGGCCAAUGAAGGCAGCAGGAACAGUUGGUUACAUUGAUCCUGAGUACUACGGUCUAAAUGUGUUAACAGCAAAGAGUGAUGUGUAUGGCCUUGGAGUGGUACUAUUAGAACUUUUGACAGGGAAGAGAGCAAUAUUCAAAGGUGAUGAUAAUGGAGGGACACCAACAAGUAUAGUGGAUUUUGCAGUGCCAAGGAUUAUGUCUGGUGAAUUAGCUAAGGUAUUGGAUCACAGGGUCGGUCCGCCGGAGCUCAAUGAAGCAGAGGCAGUAGAAUUGGUAGCAUAUACAGCCCUCCAUUGUGUGAACUUAGAAGGGAAAGAUAGGCCAACUAUGGCUGACAUUGUUGCUAAUUUGGAAAGAGCUUUGUCUCUCUGUGAUGGUAGCCAUGGCAGCAUCUCCAGUGGUACAAUCUCAGUAGUUUCAGAAUGAAACAAACACCACCUAGUAAGCCUUCCCCCCAACAAAAAAGAAAACACAAAUUCAAUUCUUCAAUUUUUAGAUAAUUUCUUUGGCAUAAUUUGAUGUAAAGAUUUAGGGGUUACCUUUCUUCUCUUUCCUUUAUUUAUUUAUUUAUUUUUUCUUUCUAAAUUUUUACAGGAAUCAUUAGUUUCUUCUAACAUUUGAGCUGUAGUGUAGGAUUUUUUUAUGAACACUGACAGCAAUGAGAAUGAUUACAUGAUAUAUUCUCAUGAAGAAUGUUCUUUUUA